AAAGACAGAGUUCAACUCACUUCUCAACAAGAAAGAACAAAUCAAAUUUAAAAUGCGCGCCUUUGUUGUAAUGUGCUUCGUAGCUGUGGCUUGCGCCGAUAAAUUAGGUUAUAAUUACCAACCCGUUGGUCACUCUGACAGUGGUCUUUCAUUCACACCCGGCUCCGGAUCCCUUGGUGGUGUCGGUGGUGGAAGCCUUGGCGGAGGCAGUUUCGGUGGUCUAGGUGGUGGCAGCCUUGGUAGCGGUCUCGGUGGUGGAAGCCUUGGUGGUGGCAGCCUUGGUGGCGGUUUCGGCAGUGGCAGUUUCGGUGGUCUUGGUGGUGGCAGUCUCGGAGGUGUCGGUGGUGGCAGUCUCGGUGGUCUUGGUGGUGGCAGUCUCGGUGGUGGCAGCCUCGGUGGUCUCGGUGGUGGCAAUGAUGGUGUCUCUUAUGAAGCUCCCUCAUACACUGCUCCCGCUGAAUUGGAAAAGGAAUUCUAUACUUUCUCUGCUCCCGAAGGUGAAUUCGAUGAUGCUAACGCCGCUCAAAAGAUUACCGGUAGCGUGAAACAAGGUCUCCGUGUUAUCUUCAUCAAGGGCCCCGAAAACAAGGGUCUUGAAAACGCUGCCCUCGCUUUGGCCAAACAAGCUGCCGAACAAAAGACUGCUAUCUAUGUCCUCAACAAACAAGCCGAUAUUGGAGAUUUGGCCAACAAACUCAAUGCCAUCAACAAGAACAGCAACAACAAACCCGAAGUACACUUUGUCAAAUACCGCACUCCUGAAGAUGCUGCCAACGCCCAAAGAGCCAUCCAAGGCCAAUACGAUUCUUUGGGAGGUACUUCUCAAUCUCACAACGGUGGUGUUGCUCCCGUUCUUAACUUCGCUUCUCAAGCUCCCGUCCACUCUGCCCCUGCUCAUGCUCCCGCUAACGCUUACUUGCCCUCUUCAGUCUUCCGUAACUAAGAUUGAAUUAGGUUGAUUUAUUAGUGUUUUAUUAUUUUAAGUAAUUUUAAACACGACUGAUUUGUUAAAUUAUGUUUUGUUGACUACUGAGUAAUCG